ACAGUAAGCAUUCAACCAAUCGAUUCCCCAGAUCCUUCGCUGGAACGCAAACAGUUUUACGUCACCACAAAUGCGGUUACCAUGGUUACUAGCACCGCACAUUGCAUAUGAGAAGAGAAGACACGGGAAAAGAGAGUUUUUGCGUUUGGAAAUGUGCGCAAAGUAGUAGCAGCGGAUCAAACAAUUCUUGUCUGUGCGAUCCUUGACUGCUCAGUGCUAAAUCGCGCACAGAGCAACAAUAGAGAAUUUCAGGCCGGAAUAGCGAUGAAAAAUAUGAAUUUAGAGAUAAAAGGAGUGUCUGCUACCCCAAGAGGGCAUACAAAAGUACCAACUGCUGAUCAACUUUCCAAGGGCUGGAAAAAACAACUGCUUUCUUCUGAACCUCGACCUAGUGAAGUGCCUUGCCUUGACCUUGGAAAGCUCGGAGAUUCAGAUGAUGAGGACACUUAUGUGCCUCUAAGUAAAGGAUACCCAAGAUUUGGUCCACCGGAUUCAUCUUCUACAGUUAGCUGGGGAAGUCCAUUGCCUACUCCUCAGCAUUCUCAGAGGCAGCAGAUUUCAAAGCAUACCAACCAAGUUAAAAAUCAGCUUCCUGUAACUGAGGUAAAGCAUGUUCCUGAGAAUCUGCCUACCCCAUCUGACAAAUAUAAGCUAAAAUAUCAGCAGUAUGAGGAAGAAAUGAAGCAGAGUUAUAAGCAGUACACUUUGAGAUGUGCGGAGAAAACCCAGCCAGACACACAACGUUCUGCUGCUCAUAAUACAAAACAAAAGGAUAUUAUUCCUGAGGAAGACAAAUUUGCUGAUAUUACACCUUUGGAUGAAAAAUAUCGCCUGCAGCAAUGCUACACUGGAAAACCAUACUCGGCACAGCAAAGUCUAAGAAAACUGGAAGCUGAGGACCUUGCUGCUGAAAGAAGAAAGCAAGCUGUUGUAGAACAAGUUAUGAUAGAUCAGCUUUCAAGGGCUGUUAUAAGUGACCCAGAGCAAAAUGCAGGAACUCCCAUAAAUGCCAUCAGCCAGCGAGACCUUUCAUCUGCACCUCUUCGCUUCAGGAAAAGAACUCUGCACGACACUAUGAUAAAAACAAGUACAUCUUUAACAGAAAACAUCCUUUCUAAUAAGUUGCGUUUUGAUGCUCGAAUUAUAUGCAGAAAUGGACGUGAUGCUUGCCGGGAACUUAUUGGAUUUUUUUUUGCACAUGACAAAUCAGUAACAAUAUAUGAAUAUCGUCAAUUCGGAAAAAACAGGACAAAUGCCUUACCAUUCAUCCAGAAGGAUAUUUAUCGUCAUAUUUGUGGACCGAAAACAGGAAAACUAUAUGAACUUGAUGACUUUUGUACUGGAGCGAAUCUCACUUUCUUGACUAUGGAGCAUCAAACUCUUCCAGAGAGUUUGAAGCAGAAUCAAAUACUAAGCAUUAGAAUCACAUCAAUGGAUGAGAAAGCUAUGAAUUGCUUAAGAGAGUUUUCUGGUGAAAACCAGCUAGGCUGUGGUCUGCACUGGAGCAAUCAGGACAAUGUGUUCUGGGCAAUGCAAGAUAUGAUGAAAGAAAAACUGAAAAACAGAGGCGUUCGAACAUUGACGGGAUUAGGAAAAUACUUUCGACAAGUGGCCAAAAAUGAAGACGGCAUUCUGCAAAAAACUGAAUUCAAGCAGGCUUUGAAAGUAUUCCACCUGGAUGUUUCAGAGGAGAUUUUUGAAUCUUUCUGGCGUAUACUUGAUGAAAAGCAUGAGGGGAAACUGGAUUAUGGAAAAUUUACUCAAGCCCUUAUUGGAGAGAUGAAUGAGGACAGAAAAACCUUUGUCAGAAAAGCUUUUAUGAAACUGGAUCCUAAUAAGUCUGGCAUAAUACCUAUGAUAGACAUCAGAAAGUUCUACUGUGCCAGGAAACAUCCACAAGUAUUGUCAGGUAAUUCAUCAGAGGAGGAAAUGUUAUCUUCAUUCUUGGAAACUCUUCAAGGUGCUUGCAGAAAUCCCAAAGAAGUUUCUUACUGUGAAUUUGAAGACUUUUAUGAAGGGCUGAGUAUUGAGAUUCUCAGUGAUAAUGAUUUCAUUAAUAUUUUAAGAAAUUCCUGGGGAAUCUAGAAGGGAGAUGAAUACUGUUGGAAUAUCAAGUUAUCUUGAAAUAAUGUUUCCACAGAAGGUUUAACGUCAUUUUGCAAUAGGCAUAGCAAUAAUAUUCACUUGUGACAGACAUCUAAUAUAUUUUAUUAUGUUGUUGUGUUGAGUACUUACAUUUAUUCAUUUUAUAAAAAAAGAUUAAAUUAAAAAUGCAAAUAUGUAUGCAUACAAAUGUGCUAAUCUGUGAGCAACAAAUAUUCUGGUGUUCCAACUUUCCUUGACACCUCUCCUGAAGGAUGAUUCAGAAGCCUAAACUGAUGGGUCAAUUCUCAGUCCUGAGAUAAGAAUUUUUAGGGGUGGGGGGUUCACCUUUAAGUUAACUUUUAGUAUGUUAUAGAAUGGCUAAUUCUAAGCAAAUUUUCAUGUAUUUAUUUAUUUUAUAGUUUUUUUUAAUUAUUUGCCUUUUUGGUCUGACUCUU